AUGGCGACCCUGGACAACACUGGCCGCGGCUGGAGGCUGGAGGCGCCUUUGGUGUCAAGGCCAGAAACACACCAAGCAUAUCUGUCCCUAAAGUACAAUGACGAAAGUAAAGAAACUCUGCGGGCACAGGCUUCGGACAUGUCGCUACUUCUGGUGGUGAGUGAUGGUGGUGGUGAAGGCAGUGGUGGUGAAGGUAGUGGUGGUGAAAGCAGUGGUGGUGAAGGCAGUGGUGGUGAAGAAAGUGGUGGUGAAGGCGGUGGUGGUGAAGAAAGUGGUGGUGAAGACGGUGAUGGUGAAGGCAGUGGUGGUGAAGGUGGUGGUGGUGGAGGCGGUGGUGGUGAAGAAAGUGGUGGUGAAGGCAGUGGUGGUGAAAGCAGUGGUGGUGAAGGCAGUGGUGGUGAAGACGGUGGUGGUGAAGGCAGUGGUGGUGAAGGCAGUGGUGGUGAAAGCAGUGGUGGUGAAGGUAGUGGAGGUUAUGGGCGGGUGGUGGUGAACGUGGUGGAGGAAGGGGUUGAUUGA